AUGACGUGUGAGGACGAAGAAUCUGGGGAGGACGAGAGUUUUGACAGCAGCCAAAUCUUUUUCAAGGAUAAGAGCAUACAGAAGGACUUUGAGCGGUUCUGUGCUCAUGGUGUGAUAUCCUCUGUCGACUCUGAGCUGCACAAGAGUUUAAAGCAUGACAACGCGACCUCUGGGGCUGCUGAAGAGCACAAGCAUGUCCGAGGGCAGGAGAACCAGACGUUGGGGAAGGAGGAAAGCAACGAGACCGCAGCGAGGACGGAUGCAGCUUCGAUGCGUCUGCGAGGAGGAACGCGAUCAAGACGGCCACAUGCUCCGGUUGUGAGGAAGGAUGUUCAAGAGAAACCGAGCUCCAUCUUUUCUUCUUUGCUCCAGUCUCUCAGUGGCAUAAGAAGCUUCUUCACCUGCGGUUGGAAUGCCGCGAAGAGGAAGGGAUCCGGUCAAACUUCCACGCACGGGAAUGGAGUUGAGACGAUGGAUGCACAAGGGCAGGCUGAGACGCUGCGGGAUGAAGUUCCAAAGGCCGCAGGGCAGGGGGGGACGAGCUACCGGUCACACAAGUUGAAAAGGCUCAACAGCUUGAUUCUGGUGGGUUACCUCGGGACCAAGUUCUGCGGAUCUCAGAUCCAGCUCAAGCCACGAUCGACAGUGAAGAGAAGAGACCAACCCUCCGGCGAGAUGCCUGAUGAUGUCAGUGAGGACACAGGGGAGACGGAUGGGACCCGCGGCUUUGCGCAUCCAACAGUGGAGCAAGAGCUCAUGGAGGUGUGUCACCAGGCUGGAUUGAUCGCCGUGUUGAACCCGGAGAACCCAAAACAACUGUGCCUGAGCCGGGCAAGUCGCACAGAUAAGGGCGUGCACGCAGCGUUGAAUGUCAUCUCGAUGAAGCUGCAGCUGAAUCGCUCAACUGGCCAUGAUGAGGCCGACGGAGUUCACGUGGAGGUGAAAGCAAUGACAGGCUCUCAGUACUAUCUCACUCCCCCGGCUUCAGGAGCUCGCAACAUCUGCUCCCUGCGAACCUACGAGUAUCUUCUGCCUUCCUGUCUUCUCGGGGCGGAGACUGCUGACAUCGAUCAGAAGGUGGACAAACUCAACAGCUUGUUGAAGAAAUUCUCCGGCAACAAAUUCUUCAUCAACUUCUGUGGAAGGGACAGCGUGUCCGAUUCUCUGUUCCAAACGGUUCCUUCCCAAUCGAACACCAGUGACGAAAAUCUGGACUUUUGGCGUGCGAAAAAGUUUCCUAAGAGAUCCAUUGUCGACUCGAAACGAGUCGUUUAUCGUUGUCACGCCGAGCCAAUCACUUUACACUUUGACGACGGAAACGCCUCAGCCUCUUUCGUGAAGAUUGAGAUCUGCGCAAACAGCUUCAUGCUGCAUCAGAUCCGCAAGAUGAUCGGAACCUGCCUCGCAGUUCUUCACGGCUCUAUCCCAGAGCUCUAUCUCGAUAUGCCCAAGGCGUUGCAGGGAGAUUAUCGCCUGCCUUGUCCUCUUGCCCCAGGCUCGGGGCUUAUCCUAACCAACAUGUCCCUGUGGGAUGAGAGAAAGGAACGAUUCAAGGCGGAGGUGCCUGAGGAUGUAGCGGAAAAGUCUCUGGAAUACAAGCAGCGAGUGGUGUAUCCGCACGUGGCAGCCAUGUUCAGAGAGGGCGGCAGGGGAGAUGCUGAGUUCAAGGUUUUCUAUGGGAGUCUCGGAAGGUUCUCCGACGCCGUCCUAUUGCAUGCAGGAGUCAACAACAUGAGCCGGUUGUUAAACUACAUUCACUCUCAAGUCCAGCUAAGCUCAUCCCAAGUCAACGACGCGCAUCGGUGGAGAGGAGACAGGGAAGCUGCAUCCCCGACCGCGAAGAGCAGACAGGACAGAGCGUCUCUGAUCCAGAACGUCCUGAAGCAGAAGGUCAAGGCCUCCGGUGCCGUUUACCCCAAAGGCACCAUGAACGAGAUUUGCUUCCAGUACGGGAUACUGCCCGGGCCUCUGCUCAACGAGGUCAGGAGAGAGAUCAUCCGUGCUGUCGGUAUCGGCCUCCUGCCCAUCUCCAACCACGACAUGGCUCCCUUCCUCCAACACGCCAGGCACUACCUCGAAACAAAGGGGAUGACGUUUGUCGUCAAUGGAGACUCAGUCUAG